GGUAGGAUAUGUAUUAUGUGAUGAUAGAAAUAAAACAAGAGCAGCAGGCAAACAUAAUGGGGUGUGCGAUAAAAGUGUGGUGAUGGUUUGAUGUUGCUUAUGCAAGAAUUGGGCAAACUGUUAACGGUCACACAUGUUUUAGUUAGACAGUUUUAGCAAUUGAAUCCCAAGCAAAGGAUAUAGAGUUUAAGAUUUAAGAUAAACAUCUUCAAGCGUGCUACAUUUAAGCGUUUUAUGUUUUCUCCGGUUCGACAGUUUGUGCCAGCCAUGUCUCUUUCUGCUAUAUACCUUAGCGAUCGCAACAUGCGUUAAUGUGAUUUUAAUGAAGUAAUAAAACGGCAAUUAGAUGCACACAGGUGAUCAAAAACGUGUUUAAACGCACGGUGUAUGCUGAAUGCUCAUGAUUUUGUUGCGAAUAGCUAUUUACAUUGUAUUAAACCGCUUUGAAGCAGCUGAAACCGACGGUACGAGGGGGCACAUAAUAUUGAACAUAGAUAGAAGCUAUAAUAUCAUCAAUUUAUCAACACUUAUGAUGUGAUGGGGUGUGCUCUUUUGCUUCAUUUUUUCGAUCCUUAAAGCUUUAACGAAAGUUAUCCAACAAGUAAAGAAAUGUAGAAAUGAACGAUAAUAAGCGGUGAAUUACUUCUUAUUAACACUUUCUGAAAAAUAUACUUCAUCAUGACGAUACGAGAAGAAAUGAAAUCAUUUCCUGUAAUCGGUGACACUUUAUCAGAUAAAAGUUCCAAACUUGCCAGUCACCUUUCGACUGAAACCGUAAAACACUGUGAGAACGAACCAAUGAUUCGUAAAUCCGGUACAAUUUUCUUGCUGUUUUGCUGUUCCGAAACAGGACAAACCGGAAAGUAUAUCCCGUAAUGGUUUGUUAAAACAAGGUGAGAAAGGUGCAUUUCGAUCGGCAUCUGUUGUUUUUUGUUUGGCAAGCGCAAUCAAUUAACUAAUUAAUUAAUCAGGAUUCAGAUGUAUGGGGGAAAAACACUUCAAUCCAGAGGAAAAAGUGUUCAAAUUUCGAUGGUUUUCGGUUUGAGCAGGAGUGAGUUGAAAUGUACUUUAAUUUUAAAUGUAGGUUUUACGCCUCUUCAGGCAUUUAGUCUAAAAACAAUAAAUAUUUUUUUUUGCUUUUUUUCUUUAAUGGAAUUUACAACAUUAGUGUGAAAUAUAUAAUACUUUUAAAAUGAUGUGAAAAAUAAAUUUAAAACAAAAUCAUAAAAAAGCUAUUCAAUUACCGUUGAAUAUUGUUGUUCAACGCACGGUCAGUUCAUUAAAGUCAAAUUAAGGUUGCUCACAAAAAAGUCAUAUAAGAAACAACGAGCUACGAUUUUCGAUCAGUUUUAUCGUUCCAGUAGUAUCGCCGAAACUACAGCAAUGCGACUAGCAAUUGGCUUUAUAUUUAUUACCACUUGUAUCAUUUACAUGGUACAAGCCGAACGUGGCAGAACACACGAAUCAUCAAGAGAUGUUACUACCAGUGUACCGACGAGAAAGAGAUGGUUUGAUAAAUUGAAAACAGUUAUUGAAAAGAGAGUAGAGAAGAAAACCACAACCACAACUACAACGACAACAACUACUACGAAAAAACCUUCCAAAACUACUAAACCGAAAGCAACAAAGAAAACGACUACAAUGAAGACAACGACACCUCCAAAAACUACUACCACAAGGCCUACCAGAACUACCAGAAAUAGAUUAACGACAUUAGCGAGAGUUGUAGUUACUACGCCAAGUCCGAUAACUACUACGUUUAAACCGAUAACGACUAAAAUGCCGGAAGUUACUACAACUACAAUCGUCCCAUCCACGACAACUACUACAGUCCCAACCACCACCAGCAUACGUUCUACUGCAUCGACUACUUCAAUUAGUACUACUAGUUCGACAACGACAACACCAACCACAACAACAACUGUCCCUACUACUACUGCUCCUACUACUACCACUCCCACAACUACUACUCCUACAACUACUACAACAACAACUACAACUCCUACAACUACCACAACAACAACUACAACUCCUACAACUACCACUACAACAACUACUACUCCAACAACGACUACUUCAACAACUACGACUCCCACAACUACUACCACCACUACAGCCAAAACAACAACUCCAACAACUACUGCUCCUAUAACUGCUGCUCCUACAACAACUACUCCUGCGACUACACCCUCUACCACUACUACAACAACUUCUACUACUGCUGCUCCUACGACUACUACCCCAGCGACUACUACACCUACUACUACUACCACUACCACAGCAGCACCCAUUACAACAACUACCACUACGCCUACUACAACAACUACCAGUAUUCCUACUACAACGACAUCGACUACUACUACUAAUCCAACCACAACCACUACUUUGAUGACUACGACAUCUAAAAUGGCACCUACCACCAGCACACUAACGACUACGACGGUGAAGACAACAAUUCCAAUAUUUACCUCUUCAACCAUUAAACCAGGACCAGGUCCAAACCGAAAUGAUAAUGGAAAUGGAAAUGGAAAUGGAAAUGGAAAAGGUAAUGAAAAUGGAAAAGGAAACGGAAAUGAAAAUGACAAUCGAAAUGGAAAUGGAAACGGUAGACCACGAGGGCGAGAUUAUUACAUAAGUAUCACCACCGGAUUGUUCGUGUUUGCCCUAUGGGCGGUGUAUGUGAUAGAUGCGCACGGAAAAAAAUCAUAUCUGGAUGACGAUACGGUUGCAUCGAUAGACAUUGCCAAGGGAUGGAUCAAAAUCUACUUCAAAAUACAACCUAGCGUGCAGAGACGGACCACCAUAAGGAGGAUACGCACCUCGGCACUUCCCACACUGAGGACGAUUAAGCCAAUAACUACGAGGAAGAAUUUUCCUGGACCACCCACCAAGACCACACAGAAGAGCGUUGGGACCACGACAAAGUCAGGAGGUUUUACAACCAAGAUGAUGACCACAACUGGAAAAUCGAUGACAACCACAACUUCCACGACUAAAGUCUCAACUCCUGUACCGAUGACAACGACUAAGAUAACCUCUACAGUAACCGCUUCUGCAACAACGAGCAAGCCAACAACUUCAGCCGCUACUGUUCCAACAACGACGACUAAAGCAACAAUUACCUCCUCAACUGUUCCAACAACGACGACUAAACCAACAACUACUGUACCGGUGACAACGACUAAACCUGCGACUACCUCGACAGCUGCAUCGACCACUACUUCCACCAGUACUGUACCAACGACAACGACUAAACCUACGACAACCUCGACAGCUGCAUCGACUACUACUUCCACCAGUACUGUACCAACGACAACGACUAAACCUACGACUACCUCAACGGCUGCGUUGACAUCUACUUCUACCAGUACUGUACCAGCGACAACGACUAAACCUGCGACUACCUCGGCGGCUGCAUCGACCACUACUUCCACCAGUACUGUACCAGCGACAACGACUAAACCUUCGACUGCCUCAACGAUUGUAUCGACAUCUACUUCCACCGGUUCCGUUCCUACAACAACGGCCCUGCCGACCACUACAACUAUUUCCACUACCUCGGCCACACCAAUAACUACAACGGUUGCAGCUACUACAACCUCAACGACUAAACCAUCGGGCACUGGAGCGGGCACAAUGGCCGCUGCAGUAAUAAAUACCACACCGACAACGACGACGACUCAGGUCAGUACCAUCACUAAUGACAACAGCUUGCAAAAAUCUACCCCCAUGACGGAUAAUGUUGAUCCUUUUGCUUCCUUACAAACAUCCGGUUACACUACCAUCGCCACUGCAACCACUCCCAUCCCAAACAGAGUUCCGGUGACGACUACUUCAGCUACGCAGAUUAUUCCAGCUACUAAUGGCGUGAAUGCUGACGUCCUUUCGAGUUCGGUGGAAUACUAUUACGACGAUGAGGAGGAGGAACUGGGCGGUGAGCUAGUCAUCACUACCACAGCAGUAACCAACAGCCCAGCACCGAGUGCAGGCGAUAAGAAGCACAAAAAGAAAAACAAAAAGAAGAAGAACAAGAACAAGAACAAGAAGAAUAAGAAUGAAAAGAAAAACAAUGGCAAUCAUCUGGGGGUGGACAAGCAAUCGAAGACUGCACCCGGGAACUAGCUCCAGUUGGUGGUGAUACGCUCUGUUCAAUAAAUGGCUCUUACUUUUUUGUUUGGCGAUGCACAAAACCAUUAAACCCG